UCGCGGUGCGGUGUCUGCCUCCUAAGCAACAUGAAGGUGUACGUCGUCCUGUCAGCGCUCGCUCUGUGCGCCUUCGCUGAACCGCCAGUCAGCCGCUCGUACCUGCCUCCCAGCUCUGAGUACGGACCUCCCUCAGCCUCCUCUCUCAGCUCUCAGUACGGCGUCCCAGCAGCCAACGGCCUCAGCACGCAGUACGGAGCUCCUGCGCUGACAGGCGCUGCUUUCGGUCGUUCAGGCGCUUUCAGCCAGGGUCCAGCUGCACGUGUCUCCUCCAGCCUUGGAAGCGUCUCCUCCAGGAAUUUUGGAGCUGGUAGAAGAAUCGGCGGUGGUCUCUCCACUCGUUAUGGCGCUCCUUCGGCUGCUGGCCGCGCCACUGGCUUUGGAGGACUCGGCCUGUCCACACAGUACGGCGCCCCUUCUUACUCUGGUGACGCGCUCUCCACUCAGUACGGCGCUCCCUCUGCCAACGCUGGUGGCCUCUCUCCAGUGUAUGGAGUGCCCGGGUAUGGCUACGGUCGCGCUGGAGCCCAGGAGGACCCACUUGCUGAGCCGGCCAACUACGAGUUCAGCUACUCGGUGGAGGACGCCAACACGCUGAGCGACUUUGGACAGGAGGAGUCCAGGGAGGGGGAGAGCGCCCAGGGCCAGUACCGCGUGCUGCUGCCCGACGGCCGCAAACAGAUCGUCUCCUACCAGGCUGACGAGGGCGGCUACAGGCCCACCAUAGAGUAUGAGGACACCGGACUCACCGCCUACUCCGCCGGUGGUUACGGCUACGGCAGGGGGCGCGCUGGAGCUGGAGCUGCUGCCAGAGACGGAGACGGUGGAUACCACUACUUCAGUGAUAGGAUAUACGUGGUCGCGUACCAGAUUGAUGGCUGUGCUAAACUGCCUGAAGACGAAGCUACAACUGUACCAAAAUCGACAGAAAAUAAAUCUAAACAAACACAGUUGUGUGUAAGAGAAAAGCAACUGGUCCGACCCCACGAGAGGGCCGACGCGUAUAAAUACCGGACGCCGAUCUGCUUGGGCCACUCGCGGUGCGGUGUCUGCCUCCUAAGCAACAUGAAGGUGUACGUCGUCCUGUCAGCCCUUGCUCUGUGCGUCGUCGCUGAACCACCAGUCGACCGGUCGUACCUGCCUCCCAGCUCUGAGUACGGACCUCCCUCGGCCUCCUCUCUCAGCUCUCAGUACGGCGCCCCAGCAGCCAACGGCCUCAGCACUCAGUACGGUGCUCCUUCAGUCAAUGGCCUCAGCACGCAGUACGGAACUCCUGCGCUGACAGGCGCUGCUUUCGGUCGCUCAGGCGCUUUCAGCCAGGGUCCUGCAGCACGCGUCUCCUCCAGCUUCGGGAGCGCCUCCUUCAGGAGGUUUGGAGCUGGUAGGAGGAUCGGCGGUGGUCUCUCCACUCGCUAUGGCGCCCCUUCGGCGGCUGGUCGCGCCACUGGCUUUGGAGGACUCGGCCUGUCCACACAGUACGGCGCCCCUUCUUACUCUGGUGACGCGCUCGCCACUCAGUACGGUGCGCCCUCUGCCAACGCUGGUGGCCUCUCUCCAGUGUAUGGAGAGCCCGGAUACGGCUACGGUCGCGCUGGAGCCCAGGAGGACCCACUUGCUGAGCCGGCCAACUACGAGUUCAGCUACUCAGUGCAGGACGGCGAGACGCUGAGUGACUUUGGACAGGAGGAGUCCAGGCAGGGGGAGAGCGCCCAGGGCCAGUACCGCGUGCUGCUGCCCGACGGCCGCAAGCAGAUCGUCUCCUACCAGGCUGACGAGGGCGGCUACAGGCCCACCGUAGAGUACCAGGACACCGGACUCACCGCCUACUCCGCCAGCGGAUACGGCUAUGGCAGGGGGCGCGCCGGAGCUGGAGCUGGAGCUGGAAAUGGGGGAUACCACUACGAGCCGGCCAACUACGAGUUCAGCUACUCGGUGCAGGACGGCGAGACGCUGAGUGACUUUGGACAGGAGGAGUCCAGGCAGGGGGAGAGCGCCCAGGGCCAGUACCGCGUGCUGCUGCCCGACGGCCGCAAGCAGAUCGUCUCCUACCAGGCGGACGAGGGCGGCUACAGGCCCACCGUAGAGUAUGAGGACACCGGACUCACCGCCUACUCCGCCGGCGGGUACGGUUACGGCAGGGAGCGCGCUGCAGCUGGAGCUGGGCUGGAAACGGAGGAUAGCACUUCUGACCGACAGGUGUACGUCGUCCUGUCAGCGCUCGCUCUCUGCGUCGCCGCCGAGCCACCAGCUGAUCGGUCGUACCUGCCCCCCAACUCUGAGUACGGACCUCCCUCGGCCUCCUCUCUCAGCUCUCAGUACGGCGCUCCAGCAGCCAAUGGCCCCAGUAUGCAGAACGGAGCUCCUUCAGCCAACAGCCUCAGCAUGGAGUAUGGAGCUCCAGCAGCCAAUGGCCUCAGCUCACAGUACAGUGCGCCUUCUCUAAUAGGCGCUGCGUUUGGUCGCUCAGGCGCUUCCAGCCAGGCUCCAGCAGCUCGUGUCUCCUCCAGCUUUGGAAGCGCCUCUUCCAGGAGGCUUGGAUCUGGCAGGAGGAUCGGCGGUGGACUCUCCACUCGCUAUGGCGCCCCUUCGAAAGCUGGCCGCGCCACUGGCUUUGGAGGACUCGGCCUGUCCACACAGUACGGCGCCCCUUCUUACUCUGGUGACGCGCUCUCCACUCAGUACGGUGCGCCCUCUGGUAACGCUGGUGGCCUCUCUCCAGUGUACGGAGUGCCUGGAUAUGCUUUCAGUCGUGCCGGAACCCAAGAGGAUGCACUUGCCGAGCCGGCCAACUACGAGUUCAGCUACUCGGUGCAGGACGGCGAGACGCUGAGUGACUUUGGACAGGAGGAGUCCAGGCAGGGGGAGAGCGCCCAGGGCCAGUACCGCGUGCUGCUGCCCGACGGCCGCAAGCAGAUCGUCUCCUACCAGGCGGACGAGGGCGGCUACAGGCCCACCGUGGAGUACCAGGACACCGGACUCACCGCCUACUCCGCCGGCGGGUACGGCUACGGCAGGGGGCGCUCUGGAGCUGGAGCUGGAGCUGGAAAUGGAGGAUACCACUACUGAGGGCACUUUUACACUGUACAACCUCGAGGAAUCUAAUGUUCUAUGAGUAGCUACUACCUACUGUAUAUGCUACAUUAUGUAUCACUGUGGGUAACGUCUAUGAUUUUUUUAUAUAUCUGAAGAUAUAUUAGUGUGAGAGUGAUGUAAAUGCUUAUAUAUUUUUGUAUAUAGUGAUUUGAAUAAAGAGGAAAUCAGUUAUA